AUGCUAGAUCCUCGAGGGGUGAUCUCCAUGGGCAGCUAUGCCAACGGCGGUGGAUACUACCACUACUCAUACUCUAUUGUGCGUGGGUGUGACCGGAUCGUCCUUGUGGACAUCUACGUCCAUGGAUGUCCUCCAACUACUGAGGCUCUAAUGUAUGGUGUUCUCCAGCUGCAAAAGAACAUCCAUAGGCGCAAUGAUUUUCUUCACUGGUGGGAGAAGUGA